UUACCUUGAAGUCAAAGCGGUUGGCAGUUGUUUCAAGUCAGCGCCGAUUUCACUACUAUACGCGACGCGCAGAAAGACAGUUGAAAGUACGCAAAAACACAAAAAAAAACGAUAACGGUAAAAAAUGCAAAAACUGCAAUUGCUAUGUGUGAUCACGGUGGCGACCUUAGCCAUCUCCCUACAGUGCCAAUGUCAAGCAGCGGCGACAAAUAGUCAAUUAGAUGCGCUGAAGAAUCAAUUUCUGCCCGCUGAGUACAAUAAUCGAAAUUUCACAGUGGAUGAGCUGAAGAAAGUGCUGCGCGAGAAGUGCAAGAAAGCGGCGGGCGGCGAAGAGAACUCCACACUGUAUCAGGAGAUCGAGAAGGCCAGCGUUGUGUUGACCAGCUGUUUGUCGGGUUUGGCCAACAUGACGGCGUUGCAGCAGGAAAUCGAAGCGGCACGCCCCAUCGGCGAACUGGACACAGUCUUCAAUAAAUACUGCGAUAAAGCGCCCGCAGCCGCCAAGUGUCUGCGCGACUUCAAUGCCAAAGUACAACCCUGCCUCAGCACCAAGGAGAAACAGCAGAGUGUCGUGCUCAUGCGCAUCGCCACGGGUUUGAUGGAUUUCAUGUGCUCGCGCGGUGGCGAUCACAUAGCGCUAUUCGUUGCCGAAGAGGGACCCGAAUGCUUGGAGGCGAAUCGCGAUGCAAUCAAUACGUGUUUGAAUAGCUCAUUCCAUGAAUUCCUGCCCAAAGACAUCAAAGUGCCCGAUCUGUUCGAUUUGCCUGAUCUCGUGUUGGAGCCGGGUCAUUGUGUGGAUCUGGAACGUUUCGAAAGCUGCACCAUACACCAUCUGGAGCAGUGCCGUGAAAUUACACCCGCCAAUGUUGCCGAAUCGGUGUUCAAGUUCAUCAAGAACGAGACAAGUUGCAGCCAAUACAUGCAAGCGAAGGCCAAUCAACGUCCGAUAUUGAUGAAGGCCGGCGUUGGUGAUGGUGGUGCGGCAAUACAAGCAACGGGUGUGUUCGGUUUGUUACUGGGCAGUGGUUUGAUGUUGUUUGUGAGUCAUAUACUUAAACUGUGAAGCGUUCGUAUGGACUUAUCGAUAAGCACAAGUAUCGAUAGCAAUUAAUAUUGUAUACAUAUUGAUUAUUAUUUAAUAAGUGGUACGAUCAAAUAUUUUUCAAAAUAAUUAAAAUUUACAAUAAAAUCGAUUAUUACCGAUAAAUGUUGCAUUACAGUUAAUUAUAAAACUGAGAAAUCGUUAUGCUCACUACUCAGUUGCACGUUAUAUCAAAACUUUAGAGUCGAUAAUUGUGUAAUAAGACUUUUGAUAAUAUAUCGAUAUAUUUUUUAUUGAAA